AUGAAGCUGGUUUUAUUGUUAUUAUUUCUAUCAUUCACUAUCUUUUGUAAAGGUGAGUUAAAUGAUAACUCAUUUCAAACAUGCAUAUUUGAAAAUUUAGAAGGAGGAGUCAUUGAUUUAUCAUCACUUAAAAAUGAAGAUUAUUCUUUUAAAGCAAAUGGUGAUAAUCUAGAAUAUUUCUUCUCUUUUUGUGGCAGUUCUUUAAUAUGCACUAAAUAUUUAGGUAUGGCUACUGUUGAAUCAUGUCAAUAUAAUACACAGAGUGGCUUUGUUUAUGAAACUGGUAGUCUCUUACAAAGCCAAUAUUCAUUUUUUAACAAUGAUACCGAAGGUAACUCAGGUAUUACACUCACUUACAGCUCAUCAGAUAGUGUGCAAUGUUCAAGUGGUUAUAGAAUUACCAACUUUAAUUUUAUUUGCAAUGCUAAUGCUAAUUUUUCAAUUGUUGCAUUUACUGAAGAUCCUCAAUGCACUUAUAAUUUUUAUAUAGAAUCAUCAAAAGCAUGUAUUUCAACACCAACACCAACACCAGUACCAAGCAAAAUUAUUCCAAAUAGUUGUAUAUUCCCAUUUGGUUCACAAUCUAUCGAUUUAUCUUCAUUGACUCUAUCAGUAUAUCCUGGAUAUAGCAUAUAUUAUUCAAUUACAGAUACUAAAUAUUAUUUCAAUUUUUGCCAAUCAAGCGCAUAUUGUUCAAAACUAUUCCAAAAAAAUGUCACUUUAUGCUCCCAAAUUGAUAAUAAUGAAUUUAUUAUCGCAUAUACUGAUUCAGGUAUAUAUGAAAUAAAAGAAAAUGGAAUACAAUUAACUUAUAGUAGUAAUGGCCAGCCAAAUUGUAAUAAUGGUGAAUCUCCAACAUCUGCAUCAUUUGAAAUGGUUUGUAAUCUUUCAGUCAAUUUAGAAAUUUCAAAUUUCAACAUUUCAUCUGAUGGAUGUAGUAUGAAUUUUGAGUUUCAAAGUAUCCAUGCAUGUAUUGGAGAGAACCCAACUAGUUCACUAACAUCAUCAUCCUCUCCAACUUUAGAUGAUAAUGAAAUAGAUUACCAAUAA